UUUCGAAGUCUUUUAUAAAAUGUGUUUGAAAGUGCAAAACACUUCCGGAUGACAGCUACGUAAUUGGAUAUAGUGAUGCUACUUAAAGUUAUAAUGGUUUUCUUAUUCAGUCUUCCUUCCGAUUCUUUUUCUAGUAUUAUGGCCGAAUUUAAUAACACCGACUUGAAAUAUAGUACAUUUCCAUUGGAUAAUUGCACAUCAAUGAUUAAACCGGACUCUCAAACUUGCAAAGCAUUGCAGGGAACUGGAAGAGACUCCUGCAAAAUUUGCAAUAUCACUGGCUGUACCAUACACGUAGCAGUUUUGUUCCCGGACAGCGAAAAGUAUAUUUUAAAUCUCAACAGGACAAGUACAGCAAUCCGAAAUGCAUACCAUAGCGCAAAAAAAAAUCUUGUUCCGAAUAUAAAUUUUGAAAUCAGAACUUACGACGAUGGCUGUAAACCUGAAAUAGGUCUAAGUCAGGUAAUUGAUGCGAACGAAUGGUGUCCACACGUGAUCUUUGGACACACUUGUGAUUACACUUUGGCGAGUGUUGCAAGAGUUGCCAAGCUUUUGGGAGAUACAGGAGCUCCACUUUUAUCUCCAAGUGGUUUCACCUUUGAUUUUACAUCUAAUAAAAAAGUUAUAUUAGAAGAUGAAUUUUACCAUCUUAUCAAUGUGGGUCCUGCUGGAUAUGCAUCAUAUGCCGAGUUUGUGCAUAUGUUGUCUGACAAAUACAAUUGGAAAAAGUUUGCGUUUAUGUACGAGAAGCAAGAUUAUUAUGAAAUCGGUGGAGAAUCAGCAUGCUAUUUGGUCUCAGCUACAGUUGUAAAUGAAUUGAGUGCCGAUUAUCAAUCUGGAGAUUUGAGAGUAUUUAACGUGAGCUAUGAAAGUUUUCUGCGAGAAAAAGUUGGUGUAAAUUAUGGAGUUGUACUGACAUGUGCAAAUCAUACCAAUAUUCGUGAUAUAGCCAUCUCCGCUGCAAAAGUUGGAAUGGUGGAUAGAAGAGAGUAUUUAUUCAUUAAUUUUGCUUUGUAUAAUAAUGCACCAGAUCCCUCAAGACCAUGGUUUGAUGAAACUGACACUGAUGAAAAUAACCGAUUGGCAAAAGAAGGUUUCAAUAUAUUUUUAACUUUCUAUCCAUACAAAGAAAUUUUAUUUGAUGAUGUUAAAAACCAGUCUUUUCGUGGAUCGUAUUAUUUAGAUUCUGUAUACAAUAGCAUGCUUAUGUACAUGCAAACUAUUAAGAAUAUGGGUGGAGAUGAGUCACCUUCGCAAAUACGUGGAUGUGAUAUUGUGCAAAAUAUGAUGGGAAAAACGUAUCAGGGUUUCGAUGGAGAAGAUAUAACCUUUAACUGUAAUGCACAACGGGUAUCAGAUUAUGCAGCGGUCAUUCAAGAUGAAAAUGGGAUUUCUAAAAUAAUAGGUUUAUUUUCGUCAAAAAACAGAACUAUAACCUAUUGGGAUCCAGGAGCUUUUGUGUUUCCUCCUGAUGUACCUGAAUGUGGUUUUGAUCUCUCAAAAUGUCCUACCUAUGAUAAAGUAAAUAUACUUUUGAUAAGUCUGAUUAGUGUUAUAGUUUUGGGUGUAUUUAUAUUGGCAGCUGUGAUGUAUAGGCAUUAUAAAUUAAAAGCAGAAAUUUAUGCGCAAGCUUGGAAAGUAAAUUAUGAUGAUAUAGCAUUUUUAUCCAAAGACAGAAGAAGCAGUAUUCAUUCUCUUCUGCCAGGAAAAGAAAUCGACGAAAUGAGUUUAGUGGGAGACAGUCAGCUUUUUGCACAGAUAGGUUACUAUAAUUCAAUACGAGUAGCAAUCAGAAAAUUGCCUGAUAUCAAAAUAAAUUUAAGCCAUAAACAUCUCUUUGAACUAAAAGUUAUGAAGGACUUGUCAAACGAUAAUUUGGUAAAGUUUUACGGAGCCUGCAUUAACGGCCCAAACAACUGCUUGCUUAUAGAGUAUUGUCCCAGAGGAAGCCUGCAAGAUAUCCUGGAGAAUCCCCAAUACAACUUAGACUGGGCAUUCAGAAUGUCUCUUAUAAUGGAUGUAGCAAGAGGAAUGAGUUAUCUACACAAUAGUCAUAUUAGAACUCAUGGAGCUUUGAAAUCAUCUAAUUGUUUAGUAGACAGUAGGUUUGUACUGAAAAUCUCAGAUUUUGGACUUCACUUCUUGCGGGGGAACGAUAAAAGUGAAGAUUCGGAUGAAAAUUCAUAUCAGUACUGGAAAAGAUUUCUGUGGACGGCACCAGAACUUCUAAGGCUGUCGAACCCAUUACCAGAAGGAUCGCAAAAAGGAGAUGUUUAUUCUUUUGCCAUUAUCAUGGCGGAAAUAAUUAUGCGAGAAGGCGUAUUUUAUAUCAAGGGAUCUCUGCUAGAACCAAAAGAAAUUGUCGAAUUGGUUCGGAAGGGACCUAAAGCAAAUAAUAGCGUACCGCUGCGACCCACGAUCUCAAGUGAAAGUGUUAAUGAACAAGUUGACGAAAUAACUUCUUUGAUCGACAAGUGCUGGUCCGAAGAUCCACACGAACGACCCGAUUUUGGCACACUUAAAACCAAGUUGAGGCAAUUAAGCCGCAAAGAAAAUGACAUGAAUCUACUCGAUAAUCUACUAACACGUAUGGAACAAUACGCAAACAACUUGGAGUCGCUCGUCCAGGACCGAACUAAGGAUUACCUGGAAGAAAAACGCAAAUGUGAAGAAGUUUUAUAUCAGCUACUUCCAAAAAGUGUUGCACAACAAUUGAUCAUGGGAGAAUCGGUUACUGCAGAAGCAUUUGAUUCGGUCACCAUUUAUUUUAGUGACAUCGUUGGCUUUACAGCUUUGUCUGCUGAAAGCACUCCAUUGGAAGUUGUUGAUUUACUCAAUGAUCUGUAUGGCUUGUUUGACUCAAGAGUUGAACAUUAUGAGGUGUAUAAGGUUGAAACUAUUGGAGAUGCUUACAUGGUUGUCUCCGGUCUCCCACAACGUAAUGGCCUAAAACACGCAUACGAAAUAAGUCGAUUGGCAUUGGACCUACUCGGAGCAAUUAAACAAUUUAGAAUUCGUCAUCGGCCAGAUAUGCCACUGCUGUUGCGCAUUGGCCUUCAUAGCGGCCCAGUAGUUGCUGGCGUAGUAGGCCAUAAGAUGCCUCGGUACUGCUUGUUUGGAGAUACCGUUAACACUGCAUCCAGAAUGGAAGCGAAUGGAGAACCUUUGAAGAUACAUAUUAGUGCAGCCACCAUGAAAAUUUUGGAAAAGGUUGGUCGUUUUGAGAUUCAACGCCGUGGAGAGGUUGAGAUGAAGGGAAAGGGCAAAGUAGUUACAUACUGGCUCAACGGCGAAAAAAAGAAUAAUGUAUUCCGAGGAGACGAUGUUUUAUCUCCUCAGCAUGUUGCAGUUAAUCCACGGCCAAGUACGCCACGUCCUCGAAGCAUUACGGAUCUUGAUCUUCCACCUGCAGUGAUUGAUUUAAGGCGAGGUCUCGACGAAUAUGACUUUAUUUCUGAAACGCCAGGACCUAAAAAAAUUAACCAUAUUAAAGGCACCGAGCAAGAUCAGUUAGUACCGCAACAAACCCCAAAGUUAUUGAAACCUCGAGCUGAUGAAUCGGAGGUUCCUCUACUCUCAAUCACACAACCUCCAUUUGAUAAUAAUUCAUAAUAUGUACCUAUUUCAAUGUUUAGUGUUGCUCAAUGUUGCCUACGAGGUGGAAUGACCUUAGUUGUCAAAUUUCAACAUGCUUAAACUGCCUUAUGUGUGUUUUUUUCUGUAUAAAUGUGAGCUUUAUAAAUAAUUCUCCAUGAGCUUGUAAAAAUAUCUUUUAAAAAUAUCUCUGUUUUUCUCUCCAAAUACUUAUAUAUCUAUGAAAAGUAAUAUGUCCCCCAGAACCCCUUGGGUUUGGUUAUUCUUGUUGAGUUUUAUAAAUUUUACGAAAAAUAUUUAUUUGGUGCCCCUGAUAUUGAUUCUGGUUAUGGAAGACUAAUCUGGGGGGUAUCCAAAUAAGCUACUUGAAUUUUGGCGACGUUUCGGAUAAGUAUUUGUGUCUCCCUUUUCAAGCCUCAGAUUAAUGUCUCCCAAGCCCUACAGUCAUCAAAAAAGCACAUUUAUUUAUGAUUUAAAAGUUUUUAUGGGGGAUUUAGGUUUUCUUUUCAAUAUUUUCUUAUUUAAUUAUUUGAUGAACAAAAAAUUAUUAAAUUAGAAAACUCUUUACCUAUGUUUGACGGCAUAUUUUCCCGUCCCCUUCAAAUGCUACUGCUAGAGUACCUUUUAAAUACAAUAAAUACCUGAUGUCCGUUUAUUAUAGAGUUAUUAUGAAUAUUAGAUAAAUAUUUAUUUUUAUUAACACAUAUAAAACAAAUAAUUUAGAGCACGUUUCAAAUAAAAGCGCUUUAUUAAAGUUUCUUGUUUUUUAAAAAUUAUAUUUUGGUAAAAGCUUUAGCUGUUUUAAUGUCACCAGGUUGGCUAAAGAUUGUAAAGGUUAUUCAAUUAAAAAAAAAUAUAUCAGAAAAUAAAACGUUUCUAAGUGACUCUAGAAUAUUAAAUUGUUGUGAGCUAAGUUUUGAAUGAAAACCAAAGUAUUAUUCAGUUAACGUUAACGCAACUUUGGCCUGACGCCAUGAGUAUCGGCGUAUCGGUUAUGGCUUAACGUUUUCUGGAGAAUACAAACACAAAUUAUUGCACCAAGAGCAUCCAAGCUUUCGUAUUGAUACAAUACCUUCCUAUAGAUGUCACCGUUUUCACAGCAUGAGAUUUUAUUGAAUAGACCUAUAAGAAUUUUAUACAAAUUACCUUAGAUAGAUAGUUUUUAAUUCUAUUUUCUAUACAAUAAUAUUUUUUUGAUCAUUUCACCAUUAUUUUUUUAUAUUCAAUUUAUUUUUAUAUAACUUAUACCUUUCGCACAAUGACAUUUAGCUUAGAAAUUGUGCUUUUAUAAGUCGAAUAAAAGUCGCUUAAUGAAAAGAACCAUAUUUAAUCUGAUGUACCUACCUUUUGCUUAGAAAAUCUGUAAGUAACUUGAAAUAUAUAUUUAUCCAAAAAAAAAACAUACCUAUACCUAUGUAUAAUUUUCAAAUAAAAUAGGUCCAUAUCCUGUCAUUUUUGUGCCUAUUUCCAUACAUAAUUGAACUGUGAGAAAAAUAUAAAAUGUGCGUAAAAUAAAAAAUUAUAAUCGUC